AUUUUCUUUAUAUAUGGACGGAACACCACGUCAGCUUUCAGAAAAACCACGUCAGCCCAAAGAAAAACCAGUCGUUCCGCAUUGCAAAGGUGGAUGAGAAAAUUGCGUGAGAAAGCCAGAAAAGCCCGAAGAGGAGGCAAUGAAGAGGUCCAAACCAGCAGAGCGUCCGAGAAGCGCAGUCGAAGCCAAUGAGACAACCUAAGUAAAUCGACAGUCAGAUAAAGUUUAGUGCCCGUGGCCAGCACACGGAAACGAUGCAAAUCUAAGUUGGAACCCAGCCCACACAGCAGUUUAUCACAAUACCUGAGUUAGCAAUGGCCCUCACCGCGAACGCAGUGCUGAUAACCGUGCCGCGGUCAGCCAUCACAUCGAAUACGCUACCCAAGUUGCGCCCCGCCCCCCUGACGGCAGCCCUGCUCAAGGCCUCCUCGCCCACGCCCUCGAGUUCAGGCUACGCUUCCUCUUCUAACAUGGAUGAAGAGGCCAUGUCGGCGGUGGCGCCCAAGGCCAAGAAGCGCCGUCUGGACCACCUCACAUGGGAGGAGAAGGUGCAGAGAAAGAAGUUAAAGAACCGAGUGGCCGCCCAAACAUCACGCGACCGGAAGAAGGCUCGCAUGGAGGAAAUGGAGUACGAAAUCAAAGAACUCACAGACAAGACGGAAAUAUUACAGAACAAGUGCGACAGUCUGCAAGCCAUCAACGAGUCGCUGUUGGCCAAGAACCACAAGCUCGACUCGGAACUGGAGGUCAUGCGCCAGGAACUCGCCGAGCUGAAGCAGCAGCAGCAGUACAGAUACAUCUCCGCCACAAACAACAAGAGCACCAGCCAAUCCAACGCCAGCGCAGGCGCUGAGGGCUGUGCGUCCACAAUCCUUGGAUCUGCAGCAUCCAAUGCUGACUCUGCCGCAGGGUACACAACAAGUGGACACACAGUCGUUAGCGCGUCUGCUGACGGAGCAGCUGAAGAGCAGCCGGAGCAUGGCAUCACUCUGGAAGGUUGUGGCGCUCUGCCUACUCUACAAGACAUGCUUGGCGACGACGAAGAAUUCGACGUCAAGCGGCUCGAAGAGCUGGCCGAAAGUCUGCUCGCAGAUAUCACAGCAGACCUGGAGACAGGCACUGGAGAGAGCAGCCCAGAUGCUGCCCAAGAUACAGGCGAAGCAGAGCGACUGCCUGGACCAGUGGUGGGGUCCGCAACAGAGCGCCUGGAAUCCGGCGGGCAUAGAGCUGAUGGCCUGAGUAAUGCAAAGGCACCUCUGGAGCACAGUGUCAGCCUGAAUGUGCAGGUGUUGGAGGUAAAUGGAAACCCCCAGCAAGCAUCUACAGCGCCAGCCUCGACGACGACAACAGCCACAAUCACUGCAACAGCGGCCGCCUCACUUCUGCAAGCCACACCGGACACAGUGUACGGCACCUACGAUGCCAAGACGAACUCAAUCACCAUCGUAAUGGACGGUGAUGCGGUGCCGGUUAACGAGGCCGUCGAGGAGAUCUACUGCGACGGCGUCACCGCUGGCGAUGAGGAUACGACUGACGUGAUCAUGAAGUGUCCUCCACCAGCGACGUCACCGUCGCAGGUCUACCUCAACGUGGUGAACGCCACCGAGGACGACUCGGACGACGAGAGCAGCUUCGAUCCCAUCCAGCGCUUUCUCUGUCCGCGAGUCAAGGCGAUCUCCCCGCUGGCCAAAUCCCCCGCAUUGUCUCUCCACUCGGCCACCUCGGAUCACGGGUACGAGUCCAUACUGGGCUCUCCGACAUCCACGGCCCUGACUCUGCCCAUCGACGAGGAAGAUUUCCCCUGGCAGAGCAACUUUGACGAGCUGUUCCCCAGCUUGAUCUAAGCCUUUGUUUCUCUCUGUUCUACUCUUAAGUUCGGCUGGCCGCCGUUUAUGUUUAAGUUUGUUUUAGAUGAUAGGCUGUACAGAAUUUCGUCGUCGCAAAUAAGGCUUUAUAUAUAUGAUAUUUAUCGUGGACGUAGAGCGCCAAGAUUAGUUGUAGGUUUCCAUUUAAAUUAAACACUAACCACAUAUGUAGGCUACUGUUACUUGUAAUGUGCUCAAAGAAUUUGUGAAACCAAUUGGAAAAAAUUAUAUAUUCAGAAUAUAAACCAAACCACACCACA